UGUUAUACAUAGCAACAAAACGCAACGAAUUCCAAGAAUGCGCAUGGUUUUGAUGUUUUAUCUGUCAAAAGAUCCGUGGCAAAAUUGGACAAAGGUUUGGAAUCGCAAUUCGCUUUGUUUACGUAAAAUGUCCGCUAAUUCACCGCCAGGAAAGAGCGAUGGGGAAGAACCAGUCGAUAGUGUCGGGCCGACUGUCCCGCCAAAUCCUAUCGAUAGUCUAGGUUCGAGAAUUAGAGACCUGGACGUGGACUCCAUAAGGCGUUACUUGGCCCAAAAACUUGGACUAUACGAGGUUGCUGAGCCAACUUCUUCGUCGGAAAAAGUCCUGGACGAGGUUAACUUGGACGGCAUAGUAAAUUGGAUAAAAAGUGAUAAAUGCAAAAAUGUUAUUACUUUGUCUGGAGCAGGUAUAUCAACAGCGGCUGGUAUCCCAGAUUUCCGCAGCCCCGAAACAGGCCUAUAUCACAACCUCCAGAAGUACAACCUACCAGAGCCACAGGCCAUUUUUGAAAUAAACUUUUUCAGGCAAAAUCCAAAACCUUUCUUUGCUCUGGCAAAAGAGAUGUAUCCCGGAAACUUCAAACCCACAAAAUCACAUUAUUUCAUACGACUUCUGCAUGAAAAAGGAUUAUUGCUUCGUCACUACACCCAAAAUAUCGACACACUGGAGCGAAGAGCAGAUAUUCCUGAUGACAAAUUAGUUGAAGCUCAUGGCACAUUCUACACAUCACAUUGCCUGGAUUGUCGCAAAGAAUAUACCCUAGAUUACGUAAAAGAUCGAAUUUUUGCGGAUGAGAUCCCAAUAUGCACAGAAUGCCCAGGAGUUGUAAAACCAGACAUAGUUUUCUUCGGUGAGAGUCUGCCGGAAAGAUUCCAAAGGUGCCUUCAUGAAGACUUCGGUCAGUGUGAUAUGCUCAUUAUUAUGGGCUCGUCUCUCGAAGUCCAACCAUUUGCCUCGCUUAUUGAUAUGGUGCCCGAGUGGUGUCCCCGCCUAUUGAUCAACCGCGAGAAGGCAGGGGUUCGCUCCCCAAUCCUACGGCUGUGGGGCAUGAGUGGAGGCUUACAGUUUGACGAGGACGCUACCAGGGAUGUGGCGUUGCUCGGCGACUGCGAUGAUGGAUGCCAGGACCUAGCCGACAGACUGGGAUGGGGGGACGAACUCCGCGCUUUGGUAGCUCGUGAACACGAACGCUUGGACUUAGAGGCAGCGGCCAACCCGAUAGCGCCAUCCCUCGUGCCCGGAAUUAGCAGUGUGUUGCCAGCAGAACCCAAGCUUUAAUACCGGCGCCGAGAGCUCACUUUACUUUGCACAGGUUCCUGACACUGUGAGGCAAUGAGUGCCUCGUCUCGGUUUAAGGCGCAGUGUGCCUCGUUGCCUUAAUGAGCCAUUUUUUGCCUUUAAUGAGAUAUUUUUGGACUCAUUGCCUCAAAGCACUCAUUAAAGCAUUGUGCCUCAUGGUCUCAAAAUUAUAUUGUGCAGUUGAUUGAUUAUAUUAUUGUCAAGGUUUAUUUAGACACCCCGCAGACUGCAGACUUUUAGUCGGCCGAUAGUUGGGAAGGCUUCCAAUUUGUAUGAGAUAUCGGCCGAUAUCAAAUCGGUGGUGUGUGCACUUCCAUACAUGUUCAUAAAAAAUAUUUUCAGUCUGCGGGAUGUCUUACCUCAUCAAACUGAGAAUAGUUGUGAAAGAUAAAAUCCUUAAACCUUUGCCAUGUUAAAAUACAGUGAUUAUUUUUGCUAUACAUCUAUCUAAAUCAUAACGGGUCUAAAUGGCUUCCAAAAUGAAAAUAUAAUAAUAUUGUAUACUCAUUAGGUUUAAACAAUAUGAAAAACGUUUUAAUAUCCGAAAUCUCAUCAUUGAGGCAUUGUGUGCCUCAGCCAUUUGUGGCCUCAUGUAACUGAGUUUGGUUUAUUCCGAGGUUGGGAACCUGCUCCAAUAUCAGUUUAGUUCACGGUUCUAUGCGAUUUACAGUGACAUCGUGUCUACGUGUGUUUUCGUAUACGAUAAUUCCACAAAAGAAUCAAUUUUUUACUGUUGUUUAGAGUUGUCACGCAGAAUAGACUUGAUUAUAAGAAGCUUGCCUUGUAAAAAAGUGAUUUCUUUGUCUGUAUUGGUUGGAGUUAUAGAUUUUACACAUGACCUAAAGACAGAUCUGUCGCAUUACAAAAUGAUUAUAAUUUCAUCAUGUAAUAUCAAAAUAAUUACUAAUUCUAAUAAUAAUUUAUACAACUAAUUUGGUUGAAAUACUGUUAUUUUUUUACAAGAACGAUUAUACAAUAUUUGACAGCAAUAUAAUGGAUUGAUUAACGUAAUGAAUUUCUGCAGUUUAAGGCCUUAAUAUACUAUAGUUUGUUUACAAAUUUAAUGGGUGCUUCUUUUGCAAUUUGAUGCUCUAUGUAAAAAAAUUAAGCAUCCAUUGACAUUGAUUUGUAAUGUGCUUGUGUGGACUAUUUGUUAUUAUGUACCUUAAUAAUCGUGCUUUGUUGCUGGCAUGCUAAAUAAUAUCGUUAAUACGGCCUGGAAACAAAUAAUAAAGAUUAUUGAUGAAAUCCACUAGCGCCGUCGUAUUUGCGCUCAACUUUUGUGGUCACUCGAUAGCGCCACUGGUGAGUGACAGGACCUUGCUCGGCAGUAGCGCCACCUACUGAUCGCAGAAACGCUAGCCCUUAUUUAAGAAAAUUAAUGGAAAAAAGGAGCCUUGAACAUUUAUUUCUAUUGAAACUUUUGGUCAUUACUUUUUUUUAUAAUAUUCCACAAUACAUGGUUGUUACCUUAUCAUACAAUACAUACAUAUUGAUAGAAAGAUCUAUGAUGAAGUAAGUUUUACAACCUGUACGAGCUAAAUGCGCACCUCGCUGAAUGCGAUGCUGUGCGUUGAUGUGACGUCACGGUCGCCAGGAUAACUGCGCUAUCUCGACUGCGUUGUAUAUUAAUUUCAUAAAAUUUACAAAAGCCUUACGUGCGUGACCACAAAAUCGUACUGCAAUAAUAAUAUGGUCAUUAUUAAGCUUUACUAAACUAUGUAUGGGAUGUGGGAAAUCUUCCUUUUUGGUCCCGUUGUAAAAAAAAAUGUUCAUUUAUAAGCAAUAUAGGUAAAAAAAAUCGUUAGGAACUGUAUUAUGAAUGUAUUCCCCAAAAUGUUUUGAUAUAAUAAUAAAAUAUAGCAAUAAUACAGUAGGAAAUAUUUAUUUAUUUAUUUAUUAUGUACUUUACUUGGGAAUGUGAUUUUAUUUGGUUUAGAAUUGAAAACUACUUAAAAUAUAAUAUGUAGUGAAUAGUGAUAAAUUUAGAAUUAUUAUAAGUAUUCGCUGUAAAGAUAUAAUUUAAAGGUUCUAGACAAUGUGAACAUGAAUGAUAGAUUCUAUUUCGCAAUCGCUUCACUGAGUACAAACACCAACAAUAUGGUCUUAAUUCUGAAGCGUAAUAAGGCCAAAUUAGAUUGACUCUUACCAACGGGGCUCUUUAAAAAAAAUGACCUCUAAUACGUACCCUUGUUUACAUUAUGUCUAUGGAUGGAGAAGUAGUAUCUUUACAAUGGAUUAAAUGUUUCGUUAAUAUUAAGUUGUUUAGAUUACAUUAGAACUGAAAUAAUUUGCUUCGUCGGACAAAUUUAUAGACAACAAAGAUAUUACAAACUUCUGCUUCUUAAAAUUAGCACCCGUCUGCUUGCAAGCAUUUUGAUAUGAAAACAGUAAAAGGUAAAAAACACACUGACGAAGUAAAUUAUUUGUUUUAUUUAAUUAAUCGUGAUUUGAUUUAUUUAUUGUAUAACACUGCUAGUCACAACUGCAUUAUAAAGAUGGCAAGUUUCAUCACUUGCUGAUAAAGUGAUAGCCUAUCAGGAACAUGCAGUCUUCGGAUUUAGCAGUACAUGUAAUUUUUUAUUAUGUUAAUUUAUAAUUACGUUAUUUCUGCUUUUUAUUCAAUAGUUAAUGAUAUAAACACAUUAAAUAACGCGUCUUAUGAUACAGAUUUGUGCGUAUACUUAAUAAUAAAAGCAUAUAUUUACUAUCAAAUCAAUGUGUAAUGUCUCGUAAUAAUUAUUUAUUUUUAUAAAGGGUUUAGAAUAGAUAUAGUAAUUCAACGGUCUCGUAGAACUGGCAAGAAUUGUUAUCCUCGUUAUCAAAUACAAUUUAUGAUUCUAUAAAGUAUGCCUUACAUUCCAAAACUAAGUAGACUAAAAUAGAUUCCUAACUAAAAUUACGACGAAACAAUAUAAAUAACUGAAGCUUGUUCUGCGAGAAUCAUAGCUAAAAUAAGUUUAAUUUAUUUUUGCCAUCUAAAGUUGGUCCCUAGAAAAUGUACUGAUAGAAAUGGUAGAAUUUGUGAUAAUUACCGACUACUCUCUAUUAUUUUAUUGCCUUUAUUAGAAAAAUAUAACACUCAAUUGUAGAAGCGUGCUUUCCAUUUAAUCAAAUGUUUUAGUGUAGAAAUAAAAAUAAAUUACACUGUACUUAUCAUUGUUAGGGCUAUUAAUUUUAUUUAUUCUGGUUUGAUUGUUUUGAAGCACAUUUAUGUAAUUUUUCAGAAAUAAAUUGACCUUUAACAAA